CACGACUUCCGGCGUAAGGUGUAGUCGUCGCGUGUCCGGUCAGAUGGCGGCACCGUUGCUUCACACGCGGUUUCCCGGAGAUGCCGCCGCUUCGGCAGCUGCAGUCAAGACGCUGGCCGCGUCGAGGACCGGGCUUUCAGAUAUGCUUGCACUAGAAAAUGAUUUCUUCAAUUCUCCCCCAAGAAAAACUGUUCGGUUUGGUGGAACUGUGACAGAAGUGUUGCUGAAGUACAGAAAGGGGGAAACAAAUGACUUUGAGUUGUUGAAGAACCAGCUGUCAGAUCCAGAGAUAAAGGAUGACCAGAUCAUUAACUGGCUGCUGGAAUUCCGUUCCUCCAUCAUGUACUUGACAAAAGACUUUGAGCAGCUUAUUAAUAUUCUGUUGAGGUUGCGGUGGUUAAAUAGAAGUCAGACAGUGGUGGAGGAAUAUUUAGCUUUCCUUGGUAAUCUUGUAUCAGCACAGACUGUCUUCCUUAGACCAUGUCUCAGCAUGAUUGCUUCUCAUUUUGUACCUCCCCGAGUGGUCACUAAGGAAGGUGACAUAGAUGUUUCGGAUUCUGAUGACGAAGAUGAUAAUCUUCCUGCAAAUUUUGACACAUGUCACAGAGCCUUACAAAUAAUAGCAAGAUAUGUCCCAUCAACACCAUGGUUUCUUAUGCCGAUACUGGUGGAAAAAUUUCCGUUUGUUCGAAAAUCAGAGAGAACAUUGGAGUGUUAUGUUCAUAACUUACUAAGGAUUAGUGUGUAUUUUCCGACCUUGAGACAUGAAAUUCUGGAGCUUGUUAUUGAAAAGCUGCUCAAGUUGGACGUGAAUGCAUCCCGGCAGGAUAUUGAAGAUGCUGAGGAAACAGCAACUCAGACUAGUAGUGGAACAGAUGCCACAGAAGGGCUCUUUAAUAUGGACGAAGAUGAAGAAACUGACCAUGAAACAAAGGCCGAUCCAGGAAUGCUUGAUCAGAUGGUCCAUCCUGUAGCUGAACGCCUGGACAUCCUGCUGUCUUUACUUUUGUCCUACAUUAAGGAUGUCUGCUAUGUAGAUGGUAAGCUUGAUAACAACAAAACAAAGGAUUUAUAUCGAGAUCUCAUAACCAUCUUUGACAAACUCCUGUUGCCCACCCAUGCCUCUUGCCAUGUGCAGUUUUUCAUGUUUUACCUCUGUAGCUUUAAAUUGGGAUUUGCAGAAGCAUUUUUGGAACAUCUGUGGAAAAAAUUGCAGGAUCCAAAUAAUCCUGCUAUCAUCAGGCAAGCUGCUGCAAAUUAUAUUGGAAGCUUUUUGGCAAGAGCUAAAUUUGUUCCUCUUAUUACUGUAAAAUCAUGCCUCGAUCUUUUGGUUAAGUGGCUGCACGUAUACCUUAAUAACCAGGAUUCAGGAACAAAGGCAUUUUGUGACGUUGCUCUCCACGGACCAUUUUAUUCAGCCUGCCAAGCUGUGUUCUACACUUUUGUUUUUAGACACAGGCAGCUUUUAAGUGGAAACCUGAAGGAAGGUUUGAGGUACCUUCAAAGUCUAAAUUUUGAACGGAUAGUGAUGAGUCAGCUAAAUCCUCUGAAGAUUUGCCUGCCCUCGGUAGUUAACUUUUUUGCUGCAAUCACAAACAAAUACCAGCUUGUUUUCUGCUACACCCUCAUUGAGAGGAACAACCGCCAGAUGCUGCCAGUUAUCAGAAACACUGCUGGGGGGGACUCAGUGCAAACCUGCACGAACCCACUUGACACUUUCUUCCCCUUCGAUCCUUGUGUACUGAAGAGGUCCAAGAAAUUCAUUGAUCCUCUUUAUCAGGUAUGGGAAGACAUGAGUGCAGAAGAGCUUCAGGAGUUUAAGAAACCCAUUAAAAAGGAGAUGGUGGAAGAUGAAGAAGAUGAUUUUUUGAAAGGUGAAGCUGGGAUUACACCAAGCUCCUUUGAUGCGCAUUUCCGCAGUCCUUCAAGCAGUGUGGGCUCCCCACCUGUCUUAUACCUGCCAGACCAGUCCCCCAUGAUCACAAGGAUUUGUGAUUGAGACUGACAUUCCUCCUGUCGUGCCCUUCAGUACCAAGGUUCAUACUGUUUGAGCAUCGCGUUGAACUAGAGCGAGUACGUGCUUCAGGCAUCUCACUUUCAAGUUAGACUUACUCUAAUGUCUGAACAGACGUGGUUGGGUUUUUUGUUUUGUUUUUGUUUUUUCUGUUUUGCUCCUGUACAGACAAAAGGAAAAGACAGGGGCUUCCCUGGUGGCGCAGUGGUUGAGAGUCCGCCUGCCGAUGCAGGGGACACAGGUUCAUGCCCCGGUCCGGGAAGAUCCCACAUGCCGCGGAGCGGCUGGGCCCGUGAGCCAUGGCCGCUGAGCCUGCACGUCCAGAGCCUGUGCUCCGCAGCGGGAGAGGCCACAGCAGUGAGAGGCCCGCGUACUGCAAAAAAAAAGGAAAAGACAGAAUAUCAUGUGCAAUAUUUUACGGUGGAGUUGAUGAUAAGUGUUGAAAGCUUGGCUCAUUUGUUUAAUGUAUACAUUUUUUUGUUACAGCUUUUUGACAUAAUUAUUGUGAAAUUUCUAAUAUCAGCAACAGCCUAUUUUAACAGAUUGCAUUUUUAACGAGGUUUUUGUCAGAGCCAUACUUACAGGACUUUGUUGAUAUGAUAUCUUUUCACUGAAAAAUCCUCAAGGACACUCUUUGAAGUCUUCAGAAUGAGUUUCUUUUGGAUACGCUGUUUCCCCUCUGCUGUAACUGUAUUUGUGUUCCGCGGUUUCAGUGGGGUGCAGGGAAGAUAGCAGCAAAGUGUGGGGAGGGGGCCAGGGCUGGUCCUGGAUGCUGCAAGUUGGAGCUGGCACUGAAGGAGAUCUCCAGGGACUUCAGAAACUAAUAAAAGCCUAGAGGGACGAGAGAGGAUUUAGAGAAACAGAAUCAGACACAUCGUACAUUUGUGAGUGUUAAAAUGGGUUUAAAAGAAAAAAGGAGUUCCAGGUAAAUGUAAUUCACAUUGACUGAAGUAGGGUUGGACUUUUAUAAAACACAGCUCACAGUGUUUUACCCUGACGCUCCCAGAAGUGCUGUCAGGACUGGAACUACUUGUAGUGGAAUGUAGUAUUGAUCAUUGAGAAUUUCUUUGUCCAGAAGUAGGGGAAGAGAGGGGAUUUUAGGUUAUUUGGUGGAAUGGUUUUGCUAGCAACAGUAGGUCAGGGUUACAGCUACAGUCCCUGUCUACUGACUGUUCGUACCAUGGAUGCCAGCUCAGUGAAAUCCUCUGGCGAGGCUCUUUUUGUAUUUUUAUAACUAAACACUGGGAGAGAGGAGUCUAAACAACCUCGCUGUAUGAUAAAUUUGUGCAAGCGCUGCUAGUCAUUUUGAAGCUCCUGCAUAUUUUAGCUUCAUUCCUUAUUUGUGUACUUGUUAUUUGUGAAAACGGACACCUUUAAAUAUAUUUAUUUUUCUGCCACUUUCCUAUUCUUUAUUUAAAGGCAAGUGAUAUUUUCUUGAUCACAAAUAUUUUAUAAUGAAAUACUUUCUCUUUCCUAGGGCUUUGUAUGCUCUCAUAUAUUUACAUUGAUGGCAAUGUAGAGUUUGAAUUUCAGUCUGUAAAUAUGUUUUUGGAAAAUAGAAAUUUUUAUUGUUUUAAAAAGUUUUGGGUAUUGGUGAUUUUCUUUUGGUGACUUGGUGGAAAGUUGUUUGAGAGCCUUUAGGUUCGCUGUUUUUUUAACUGCUGACAAAAAGGUAGGAUUUUUGUAUAGUGGAUAAAAUGAGUAAUUGAAAAUGUGUCUGUAGAAAUUAACAGUAAGUGGGGUCUUUGUGAGUUGAGAAGUAGUUUUAAUGUAGAAGUAUUUAGACAAAUAAGUCAAAAAUUUCAAAGGAGUUUGAGAAAAAAAAUACUGUGAAAAUAAAACAAUGACAUGGUUAAUCUGGAACUUUUGUCCUUAUGCCAAUACAGGGAGGUACCCCAAUAAAGAAGCUUCUCAUGUAAAUGUU